UUCCCAAAAGGACACGCUAGGGUGCAUUAGAUAUGUUACGAUUGCCCAAGAAAGGACUGCAGAGAUUUGAUCAGGUCCAGGAUGAGGAAACCUACCUGGAGAACUUAGCGGUCCAGAGAAACGCUUCUGCCUUUUUUGAGAAAUACGAUCGGAGCGAAGUGCAGGAGCUGCUGACCACCGCGCUGGUGAGCUGGCUGUCGGGCAAGGAGGACGUCCACCUCCAGAUGGACUCCCCGAGCGGGAUCAUGAGCCAGAUGAACAACGUGGGCUUCAACAGGACCAUCCUGCUCAUGCCCGUGGACCCCACGGCCCUCCUGGACUACAGAGAGGUCCACCAGAUCAUCCGCGAGCUGGCCGUGGGCAUUUACUGCUUAAACCAGAUCCCGGGCAUCAGCUUAGAGGCCAAUUAUGACCAGAGUUCUUCCUGCCAGCUACCGCCGGCCUAUUUUGAUACCAGAAUUGGGCAGAUUCUGAUCAACGUCGACUACAUGCUGAAAGCCCUGUGGCACGGGAUCUACAUGCCCAAGGAAAAGCGGGCCCGGUUCUCCGAACUGUGGCGGACCAUCCUGGACAUCGACCCGGAGGGCAAGCCGCAGACAAGCAAAGAUAUCUUCGCCGAGUUCAGCUCGGCGGGCUUGAUCGACAUUACAAAUGACCCCGACUUUAACGGGAUCUAUGACGAGGACAUGAAUGAAGACCCAACAUACAAUCCCAAUUCCCCGGAGGAAACGGCGGUGUUUAUGAAAUACGCCGAGAACAUGCUGCUGAAGUUGACCUUCAGCACCCUGCAGGUGCAGCAGUGCGAGAACGUGUUUGUGUUCGACACGGCCUUCUGGCUCACCAACGCCAUCAAGUGCACCCAGGACUGCCUGGACAUCUGCACCUACCAGCGGCUCCAGCAGCGGCUGUACCUCCAGCAGAAGGUGAUUCAGAAACACUUUGAGAAGAAAAGGGAGAUCCGAAGAGGGAUCGGGUACCUGAAGCUAAUAUGUUUCCUGACCCCGUUUCUCCUGAGUCUGAAGAAGAAGAUGAAAGUGCCCUAUCUGAGCAGUCUGCUGCCGCCCUUCUCCGACGACAAGGUCAAGACCGAGCGAGAAUUGCCUCCGUUUAUUUACGGGCCGGACUUUAAAUGCCAGAACUUCCAGUUCACGAAGCACCAGUACUUCCACGUGCACGGCGGGAUUGAGUUUGAUAUCACCACGCCUGCCAUCGAGGACGCGCUGCAAGUUUUCCAGGACAAUCUGGAAAAAAUACAGGAUUGUGCCGCUAGCACGUUUGCGGAAGAUUCCGGGUACAAAGAAUAUUACUCCAUACCAGUCAUGGAAUUUAACGGAAAGAGCUACUAUGUGAUCUGUUUUGAACUGGAAACUUUCUAUCAGCAACUGUACAAGACGCAGUGGUGGGGAGCCAUCAACGAAAUCGUGAACAACCUGCGGCCCAAGAGGCUUCCGCUGACAGAUACCCAGUUACACGAACAAUUUAAGAAGAAAUUUGGUUUCAAGAAAGCUAUGAAGUGCAAGAGCAUCCCAUUCGGCAUGAAGUCCGCGGUGGAGAAAGGCCUGUCCGCCGUGUUCCACACCUUCAGCCGCAAGACCUCCAGCUCCACCAUCAACGUGUCGGACGAGGCGGGCUACGCCAUCUUCCACCACGCCGCCCUGCACAACCGCGUGCCCAUCAUCUGCCAGCUCUGCAAGGCCAACUUCAACGUCAACCAGAGGCGCUUCAUCAUGUUCAGCCAAGAGUCAUCAAAAACGGACGCAAAAAGAGAAAGGAAUGGUCCCACGCCUCUGCACCUGGCCGCACAGGCCUGCUCCUUGGAGUCCACCACCUGCCUCCUCUGCUUCAAAGCCGACUACACGCUUCCCGAGAAAAGGGGCUGGAUGCCCAUCCACUUCGCCGCUUUCUAUGACAACAUCUGCGUCAUCAUGAUCCUCUGCAGGAAGGACCCGAGCCUGCUGGAGGCCGAGGCGACGGCUGAGAACCAGUGCACGCCGCUGCUGCUCGCGGCCACGUCAGGAGCGCUGGACACCAUCAAGUACCUGUUCUCCCUCGGGGCCAACUGGAGGAAGACGGACAUCAAGGGCAACAACAUCAUCCACCUGUCCGUGCUGACCUUCCACACGGAGGUCCUCAAGCACAUCAUCGAGCUGCACCUCCCCGAGCUCCCUGUUUGGAAGACUCUGGUAGAAAUGCUGCAAGGCGAAAGCUACAAGCGGAGGAUGAUGGCCGUCAUGUCCUUGGAGGUGAUUUGCUUGGCCAAGGAGGAGUACUGGCAGUGCAUUUUGGAUGCAGGCACCAUCCCUGCCCUGAUCAACCUGUUAAAAGGCUCCAAGAUAAAGCUGCAGUGCAAGACGGUGGGGCUGCUGAGCAACAUCUCCACGCACGCGAGCGUGGUGCACGCCAUCGUGGAGGCGGGCGGCAUCCCGGCCCUCAUCAGCCUGCUGGCGUCCGACGAGCCCGAGCUGCACUCGCGCUGCGCCGUCAUCCUGUACGACAUCGCGCGGCUGGAGAACAAGGAGGUCAUCGCCCGACACAACGGGAUCCCGGCUCUGAUCAACCUCCUGAAGCUGGACAUCGAGAACGUGCUGGUGAACGUGAUGCACUGCAUCCGGGUCCUGUGCAUGGGCAACGAGAGCAACCAGCGGGCGGUGAGGGACCACCGGGGCACCCAGUACCUCAUCAUGUUCCUGCGCUCCAGCUCGGACUUGCUGAAGGCCGUGGCCUCGGCCACCAUAGCGGAGGUGGCCCGCGACAACAAGGACGUGCAGAACGCGCUGGCGGCCGAGGGCGCCAUCCCGCCGCUGGUGGCCCUGUUCAAGGGGAAGCAGCUGAACGUGCAGGUGAAGGGCGCCAUGGCCGUGGAGGCGCUGGCCAGCUACAACCCGUCCAUCCAGAGGGCCUUCCUGGAGGACUCCCUGAGCAAAUACCUCCUGAAGCUCCUCAAGGCCUUUCAGCUGGACGUGAAGGAACAGGGAGCCGUGGCGCUGUGGGCCUUGGCGGGGCAGACGCUGAAGCAGCAGAAGUACAUGGCAGAGCAGAUCGGGUACAACUUCAUCAUAAACAUGCUCCUGUCGCCGUCGGCGAAGAUGCAGUACGUCGGAGGCGAAGCAGUCAUCGCCCUGAGCAAGGACAGCCGGCUGCACCAGAACCAGAUCUGCGAGGGGAACGGCAUCGCGCCGCUGGUCCGCCUGCUGAGGAUCAGCAAGCUGGCCGAGGGCACGCUCCUGAGCGUCAUCCGAGCCGUGGGGUCCAUGUGCAUCGGUGUCGCCCACACAAGCAACCCCACGAGCCAGCAGUUCGUGGUGGAGGAGAACGCCUUCCCGGUGCUGAUCCAGCUGCUGAGGAGCCACCCGUCUCUGAGCAUCAAGGUGGAGGUGGCCUUCUCCUUGGCCUGCAUCGUCCUGAGGAAUAAAUUGCUGCAGAAGGAAUUGCAAGAAAGUGAAGGCUUCAAGUAUGCGGAUGUCCUCUUUCUUCUGCACGCCCCAGAUAAGGACAUCCGCUUAAGAGCAGGCUAUGCACUAACCCUUUUUGCCUUCAAUGAUCUCUUUCAACAAUAUUUAAUAUUGGAAAAUGGAAUAAUGACCCUCUCCAUCUUUGAACCUUUUCUUGAAUCAACCAUUGAAACGGAGAAGGCGAUGGCAGCAUUCCAGAUUAUUAUAUUAGCUAAAGUCAUUAUAGAUGUGGACCAUAUCACUUUGUAUUUAAGAGGAGUUACUAUUCUGAUUGAUAGUCUGUAUUCACUUCAGUCCACCACGAUUGUCCUGACAGGGAACUUAAUCGCCAGCCUGGCUCACUCCAGAGCUGGGAUUCCAGAGGCGUUUACCACCGUAGGGACCGUGCAGCGGCUCUGCUACCACCUGUACUCCGGAAAAGAAGAGGUGCGCACAGCUUGCUCCUGCGCGCUCGGCUACCUCACCUACAACGCCAAUGCUUUCCGCAUCCUCCUCAAGGAAUGCAGGAAUAAGCCGAAUCAGUUCCUCCGGCUGAUAAACAGCAUCAGCAGAGAUGCCAGCAUUAACCCGGCGUUUUUAAAGGAAUUCAGAAUGCAGCAAAAAGUGGGACUCCCUUCCUUAAGUCUGGAGAAGAACGGCGGCCCCUGCAUAAAUCCUGUCUUCAAAAAAGGGAAGGAGCACCGAAGGAAGUUAAGACCGAAAAUGCAACCACGAGAUUCUCUGACGUUACUGCCUCCCGUAACGAACUUCAUAGGACUCUUCCAAACACCCAAGAAGUCCACCGUGUCUCACAACAUUUUCUCCUUUGCAUCCGCCACGUCAUCGGACGUCAUCAAAGUGUCAAGACCGAGGAUAGUCCUGUUGAGCGAACUCGGGAAGCGCGCUCAGAAAGUCACCUUCGAGCCCCCAGAAGGCCAAUAAACGCAUCCGAGUGUGACGGAUUCCUGAGCAACU